UCUUCUCCUUCUCUUAAAAAUCACCACCCUCUCUGGAAAUGUUCCUUCACACUUCCUAUCUCUCUCUUCUCUUCAAUGGAAUCAUUCAUCUUGUCGGCGAUUAUCUCAACUCCGUCGCUGAUUAUUUUCACUAAUGCAACUCAAUCUUUUUCAAACGUCGUGGUUUUAAUUUCCUUCUCUUUUUGUAGAAAAUAAGCUAACUAAACACUAUCCUCCGGUGACCGGAAAUUUUUACCGCUCGGUGAUUCUGUGUUGAGAGCAUUAGCUUCUUCUGCUUCACUCUCCAAACUUCUCUCUCUCUCUCUCUCUCUCUCUCUCUCUCUCUUCCUUUUCCCUUUAAAUCUUAGUAUUUGCUCUUUUAGUUUUACAUGCUUUCUUUUAUUAUUGUUUUUAAGUUCUUAAUCUCUGUUUCAUUUGAUAACCUACGAUCUGAUUGUUGAAAAUACGUAAAUCGACAAUUAAUUGUUUUGUUACUGUUAGCUAUUUUAGCUAAUUUAGCUUUAAACAAAAGAAUUUGGAAGCUAAAUUAGCAAGGAAAGAAAAAUUCGUAACACAAAUAAAGAAAGAAUGUUGGAUCUUAAUCUGAAUGUGGAGUCGUCCGAGUCGACUCAGAACGUAGACUCAGUGACUUUAAUGGAGAAGUAUCAGUAUCAAUAUCAGUAUCAGUAUCAGCACCAGCAAUAUAAUUACACAGAAGGAUCGGGCACUACUUCAAAUUCAUCAAUCGCUAAUGCAGAUGCUUCUAGUAAUGAUGAAUCGUGCUCUACACGCGCCUAUACCGGCGGUGAUACUAUUUCAACCACUACUGAUAGUAAUAAUAAGAACAAGAUAUACACUUUCAAUUUUGAUAUAUUGAAAGUCGGAAAUGAGGAGAAUGAAAAUGGCGCCGUUAUUGGGACGAAGGAGUUAUUUCCAGUUGAAAAUGGGCAUGGGAUAGAUCUUUCAUUUGAGAGACAGCAGCAGCAACAGGAGAUAAUUGGCGUUGGUGGAGAGGUGCGGGUGAUGCAACAACCGUUACAGCAGGUUAAGAAGAGCAGGAGAGGACCUAGGUCUAGAAGCUCUCAAUAUAGAGGAGUUACCUUCUAUAGGAGAACUGGUCGUUGGGAAUCUCAUAUCUGGGAUUGUGGGAAACAAGUCUAUUUGGGUGGAUUUGACACUGCUCAUGCUGCAGCAAGAGCCUAUGAUCGAGCUGCUAUCAAGUUUAGGGGCAUUGAUGCUGACAUCAAUUUUAAUCUCGGCGACUAUGAUGAGGAUCUAAAACAGAUGAAGAAUUUGACCAAGGAAGAAUUCGUGCACAUACUCCGUCGCCACAGCACUGGUUUCUCAAGGGGGAGUUCAAAAUAUCGAGGGGUGACACUGCAUAAAUGUGGCCGAUGGGAAGCAAGAAUGGGGCAAUUCCUUGGCAAAAAGUAUAUUUAUCUUGGGCUGUUCGACAGUGAAGUAGAAGCUGCAAGGGCUUAUGACAAGGCAGCUAUUAAAUGUAAUGGAAGGGAAGCAGUGACCAACUUUGAGCCAAGUACGUAUGAAGGGGAAAUGAUUUCUAAGGCCAGUAGUGAAGGUAGUGAACAUAAUCUUGAUCUGAACUUGGGGAUAUCACCUUCUUUUGGCAAUUGUCUCAAAGAAAAUGAGGGGCAUCAACAGUUGCACUCGGGCCCUUAUGAUGUGUACAGCAAGAGUUCAAGGGAGAACGCAACGUCUGCAAUGGUGGGUGAUCCACCUUUCAAAGGGCCACUGAGGACAUCAGAUCAUCCGAUGUUCUGGAAUGGCAUAUAUCCUAAUUUCUUUCCACAUGAGCAGGAAAGAGCAACAGAUAAGAGAAUUGAAUUAGGUUCUUCACAGGGACACCCCAACUGGGCGUGGCAAAUGCACGGUCAGGUCACGGCUACCCCAAUGACAAUGUUCUCUACUGCAGCAUCAUCAGGAUUCUCAUUUUCGGCUACUCCACCCUCUGCUGCCAUUUUUCCAUCUAAACCUCUCAACCCAGCAGCCCAUAAUCUCUUUUUUAGUCCACAUGCUACCGGUGGUUCUCAAUUCUAUCGCCCAGUGAAGCCACCACAGGCUCCACCAUAAUCCAUUGUUUUUGCACUGGGGAGGUAGAUGUUUAAAAGAAAAGAAAACAAAGGGGAAAAAAAAAAAAAAAAAGAAUAACAGCUAUGGCACUCAAAUUCAUUAUGAUUGAAAAUAUUGAUUUGAUAUUAUACUAAUUCAUGCUUUCCUGCUCA